AUGGCACAUUGUUCUGGAGAUUGGUUGCUUUCCUUACUAAUUCUCCUAUUGGGUUUAAGUGUUCAAAUUUCACAAGCUCGAAUAAGUACUAAAAAUGGCGUAAAAUCGUCGGUCUUCCUAUCUCCUAAGUUUGUACUGGAACCAGGAUCAGUGGUAAACAAGUACUACUAUGACAUUGACUUUCCAAGAGGUCAUAUUGCCAUCAAGAGUUUCAAUGCUGAAGUAGUUGAUGAGGCAGGAAAUCCCAUUCCCCUUUACGAAACUUAUCUCCAUCACUGGCUUCUUGUGAGAUACUAUCAGCCUAAAAGUGUAGAAGUUCCAAACAAUGAAUCUGAUUUUAUUUUCGUGAGCAAUGCUGGUGUAUGUGGUACUACUCUUGGGCAGUAUUUUGGCCUUGGAUCUGAAACACGAAGAACAGCCACACAUGUGCCAGAUCCCUAUGGAAUAGAAGUUGGUAAUCCAGCAAAAAUUCCUAAUGGAUAUGAGGAGAAAUGGUUGAUGAAUGUCCAUGCAAUUGAUACGCGGGGUGUGGAGGAUAGGGUGGGAUGCACCGAAUGCAGGUGUGAUCUUUAUAAUGUUACAAAGGAUGAAAAUGGUAAACCUUUGACGCCAGGUUAUAUGGGAGGCUUGAGUUGUUGCUAUGAUCAUACACAAUGCAGGGUGAGACAAGGCUUUGGGGGUGCCAAGAGUGGUCUAUACAUGAGAUAUACAGUGAAGUGGGUUGACUGGAAUAAGCUCAUUUUGCCCAUUAAAAUAUAUAUAUUUGAUGUAACCGACAUGUGGAAGAAGUUAGAUGACGGAGUUAUAGAACAUCAUUGCCAGGUGGAGUAUGAAGUUACUGCUUGCACUGCCACUGAUGGGGCUCAUGAUGCUUGCAUUGACACCAAAAGGGUAAGCAUCCCUAUGCCAACUGGCGGUAAUGUCAUCUACGGUGUUGCACACCAGCAUAGAGGGGGAAUUGGUUCGACUCUUUAUGGAGAGGAUGGACGGAUAAUAUGCCAUUCAACACCGACUUAUGGAAAAGGAAAGAAAGCAGGAAACGAGGCUGGUUAUAUUGUUGGAAUGUCCACUUGUUAUCCUCAACCCGGCUCUGUCAAGAUAUCUCAUGGGGAGACUCUAGUUCUGGUAUCAAAUUAUAGCAGUGCUAAAAGGCAUACAGGAGUUAUGGGGCUCUUCUACAUUUUGGUUGCCGACUCAUUACCACAUUUUGGUUGA